AAUAUGCAAACAGGAACGCUGAUGAUACCAGUAGAGAAUUGAUGGUGCGAAAGCCAAUGAACGAGGCCCAAUUCAAGCAGUUGCUGAGCGAGCCAGCAUUGAAACGAGGUCGUUUGGAAGAGGAUCUCUCUUCGGUCCAAAAAGUGCCGGAUAUUGCUGUUGGGCCGAUGCUUCCGGCGGAUACAUUUCUUUUUGUAAGUUUUUGGACCUUUUUUUGCGUGAGUGCUGCAUCGCUGCUGGAUUAUAUACCCUGGCUUUUUUUUUCCUUACAUUCUACCACGUAG